UCUCUCUCUCGCCAUUGUUUUGCUUUGUGCUGGAUCUCCACGGCAUGGCUUCUCGAAGGAGGACCUUGCUCAAAGUCAUCGUGCUAGGCGACAGUGGGGUUGGCAAGACCUCGUUGAUGAAUCAAUACGUACAUAAGAAGUUCAGCCAACAGUACAAAGCUACCAUUGGUGCUGAUUUUGUCACUAAGGAACUGCAGAUUGAUGACAAACUUGUGACUUUGCAAAUAUGGGACACAGCUGGGCAGGAAAGAUUUCAGAGUCUCGGUGUUGCGUUUUACCGAGGAGCGGAUUGUUGUGUGCUGGUUUAUGAUGUACAUGCUCGCAAGUCAUUUGAGAAUCUUGAUAAUUGGCAUGAGGAAUUCCUCCACCAGGCUAGUCCUUCGGAUCCCAGUUCAUUUCCAUUUGUAAUCCUGGGAAACAAGGUUGAUGUAGAUGGUGGGAACAGCCGAGUGAUAUCUGAGAAAAGAGCAAACGAGUGGUGUGCUUCCAAGGGCAAUAUACCUUAUUUUGAAACCUCAGCAAAGGAGGAUUGUAAUGUUGACGAUGCUUUCCUCUGUGUUGCCAAAUUUGCUUUACAAAAUGAUCGGGAGCAAGAUGUAUACUUCCGGAACAUUCAGGAACCUAUUUUAGAGGCAGAGCAGAGAAGUGGGUGUUCCUGUUGACACAAGCUUCUGCUGCUAUGUAGAUGAUGUUUGUUUCUUUCCAACAUGAUGUGUUGAUUGGUUCUGGUUCUUCAUUCUUCAUCCAUCAUUUCCAUCAUGUUAAUUUAAAUCUCAUGUACCAUCAAAUGCUUUAUUGGGGGUCAGUUCCUUGUGUUUGUAUCUUUCAAAUGUGAAGUCUUGAUUUCCUCAGAUUAUUCAUUCAUCUCAUUGCACAUCAUUUUUGUAACUCUUUCUUAUGUACAUCAAAUUCGUAAGUUCACAAUAUUCUUCCUGUAUGACAAACUAUUUUACUGUUAAUUAAUUAUGAGAAAAAUGUUAGAGAA